CGGCCCCUUUAAAUAGUUGGAGGCAUUGGAGACACGAUGAAAUCCACGUGCCUAUCAGCGCUUUCUAAAGAUCUGUAGUUUGCGAUGGCGGCAUCAAGGGGUUCUUGUUACCUGGGAUUUGAUUUCAGCACCCAGCAGCUGAAAGUUGUAGCCAUCCACGAAGACCUUAAUUUGAUUCACCAGAAUAAUGUGCAGUUUGACAGUGAACUUAAGGAAUUCAGGACCCAAGGAGGGGUUCAUAUCCAUGCUGAUGGGUUGACAGUUACUUCACCAGUACUCAUGUGGGUAAAGGCUCUUGACAUGAUCCUUGACAAAAUGAAAGCGGCUGGAUUUGAUUUCUCCUGUGUUAGAGCCCUCUCUGGAAGUGGGCAGCAACACGGCAGCGUCUAUUGGAAAAAAGAAGCCUGUCAGGUGCUUAGUCGUCUUGAUCCAGAAAAGCCAUUACAUAAACUCCUCCAGGGUCAGUUUGCUGUUGAAGACAGUCCAAUAUGGAUGGAUUCUAGUACUUCAGCCCAGUGUUCAAACCUGGAGAAAGCUGUAGGAUGUGCUCAAACCUUGGCUGACAUCACUGGUUCUCGGGCAUACGAGCGUUUCACAGGAAAUCAGGUCGCUAAGAUUCAUCAGUCAAAGCCUGACGUGUACAGUGAGACAGAGAGGAUUUCACUUGUCAGCAGCUUUGCUGCCUCCAUAUUUCUGGGUGAUCAUGCACCGGUUGAUUACAGUGACGGUUCUGGCAUGAACUUGAUGGACAUAUUCUCGAAACAGUGGUCGCUGCCCUGUCUUCAGGCCACAGCUCCUGGUCUACAGGCUAAACUAGGUGCCCCAGUCCCAUCCACUGCUGUUCUGGGUGAUGUGUCCUCUUACUUUGUGAAGAGAUAUGGCUUUCCUAUGGACUGCAAGGUGGUGGCAUUUACUGGUGAUAACCCAGGGUCCCUUGCAGGAAUGAGGCUCCAAGAGGGUGAUGUAGCGGUCAGUCUGGGUACUAGUGAUACAGUCUUCCUAUGGAUCAAGGAGCCCAAUCCUACCAUAGAAGGCCACAUCUUCUGCAACCCAGUGGACUGCCAGUCCUACAUGGCUUUGAUAUGUUUCAAAAACGGCUCCCUGACCCGAGAGAGGAUCCGUAAUGCGUGCGCUGGGGGCUCCUGGGACGUGUUCUCCAGGUCCCUGAGGUCCACCCCCGUGGGAAAUCAUGGCAGUCUAGGCAUCUACUUUGAUGCGAUGGAGAUUACGCCCCCAGCAGUGGGAAUUUACAGGUUCAAUAAGGAAGACCAAACAGUGGAGGGCUUCUCAGGUGAGGAGGAAAUCCGAGCCCUGGUGGAGGGACAGUUCCUGGCCAAGAGGGUCCAUGCCGAAAAACUGGGCUACAAAAUCAUACCUGGUACCAGGGUCCUGGCCACAGGUGGGGCAUCUUCAAAUGUGGACAUCCUCCAGGUGCUCUCGGAUGUUUUCAAUGCACCGGUGUACACCAUUGAUGUGGCCAACUCUGCCUGCUUGGGCUGUGCCUACAGAGCUUUGCAUGGGCUGGUCGCUGAGGCUGGAGUAGCCUUCCAGGAAGCUGUCCGUAAUGCCCCUGAACCACAGCUGGCUGUGACCCCAACCCCAGGGGCAGAAAAGGUUUAUGAGUCACUGCUAAGGAGAUACGCUGUACUGGAGGAGAAGAUUCUGAGGGAGACCAAGCAGUGAUGGGAUUCAACAUUCCCAGGGUAUCAAUCAUCCAAUCCCAUCCAUUUUGAUGAUUAGAAUCACUAUAUAAAAACCUCAGAAGAUGAUUCAGAGUAGCUUGGAUAACUAAGUAGCCUUUUGAUCAAAGCCAUUGUAGGCAGGGUUUGAGAGUAUUUUUUUCAUAUUGAAUAAGAAAACUAUUUUUUUCUUAAUUCCUUUGUCAUUUGAAAUAUUAAGAUUUACAUUAUUUUAAUAUUAAAAAAAACAGUAAUCUCUUCUCACUACCAGUGUAUUUAGACCAUAAAAUAAAAGCACAAUAACUGAAUCCAUCUGCUAACACACUAUAAUCAAGAUUGUUGUUCAAAUUUCUUCCUUCAGUGAAAUUUGAAAUUAAAUAAUAAUAAUAAUAAUAUUUC